AUGACUGUAAACCGAUUAUCUCGUCUCCUUAUUGAACUCUGUUGGAUUCACUGCGUCUCUGCUGUUUUAUACAGCGAAUAUAUACUGGCACCAAAGUCAAAGACCCUGCUCCCCAAAUCGGUAUAUUCUCUUAAUGGCCCGGUCGCAAAAGCACAUCGACUUCUCUCCGGUGAUGCCGCAACCUUCACAGGCGUCAACACCAGCGUCACUUUUGAUUUUGGCAAGGAGAUCGGCGGCAAUAUCAAUUUCAACGUAGACUCUUUCGAUGGGAGUAGCCACUCGCUGGCUUUCACUUUUACAGAAAGCUCGCAAUGGAUUAGUCCCGAAUUUUGUGAUUCAGUCUUGGGCUCCACUGGCCGGGAUCCUCCCAUGGCAUUCAACAUAACGAGCAAAGGUUACCAUGCCUCAGAAAAGAAUGUCUUCAGAGGAGGCUUCCGUUACCUGACGGUGGUGAGCAACAGUACUGGUACAAUCGCAAUAUCCAACUUGACAGUCAACUUCAAUGCGGAGCCAGCAACGCCCAAUCCAUCAGCGUACACUGGGUAUUUUCACUGCGACAGCGAGAAGCUGAAUCGCGUUUGGUAUGCGGGAGCCUAUACCAACCAGAUGUGCAUCAUUGAUCCCACGCAAGGAGACUCAUUGAAGAAGGGGUUCUUGGCCGACAAAGUCAUCUCCAAUGGGACCUCGGUCCUUGUGGAUGGGCCCAAACGAUCUCGUAUGGUUUGGCCUGGUGACAUUGUUGUUUCAGCGCCUUCGCUUUAUGUCUCUACCGGCAACUAUGAUGCAGUCAGAAAUGCUCUUGAUUCUCUUCUUAUCUUGCAACAAUCUAAUGGUCAGCUUCCUUACGCAGGCACGCCUUACCAGCAGGGACACAGUUCAGAGACCUUUUUGUGGAGCUUCACAUAUCAUCUUUAUACACUUAUUGUUGUAUACGACUAUUACAUAUUUACAGGCGACCUGGACUAUAUAAAGGAAGUCUGGGAUCAGUUCAAGCUUGCGCUUGAUUAUAGUAUCUCAACAAUCGACUCUACAGGAAUGGCAUUAGUCACCAGUGGGCUUGGUAUUUAUCUUGCUAACGAGGUCCAUGACGACACUGUCGUGGCGGAAUGGGCGGCCAGCCGCACGAGUAUCCAGACCGCAAUAAUUCCAUUUCUUUGGAAUAGUGCAGCAGGUCUAUUUAGGGACAAGGACACUUCAUCUGUGACCCCCCAAGACGGAAACUCCUGGGCCGUUAUUUCCGGCCUGGUGAACUCUACAAUCGCCUCUGUUAUCUCCAAUUCCCUCGCUGCGCGAUGGAUUCGUCCUUACGGUGCACCUGCUCCUGAAGGAGGAACUACUAUCGCGCCGUUUGCCUCUGGUUUCGAGCUUCGCGCUCACUAUCUAGCGGGCAACGCAUCCCGCGCAGUCGACCUGAUGUCAUUUAUGUGGGCAGACUUUAUGCUGGACGACCCCCGCAUGACGAAUAGUACGUUUCUUGAGGGUUAUUCGACAGAUGGCUCAAUUCGAUGGGCGCCAUAUACAACGGCAGACUCGAAGAUAAGUUAUGCUCACGGCUGGUCGACAACACCGACAUCCGCUUUGACAAACCUAGCGGCGGGUAUUCGAUUGACUGGCCCCGCCGGAAGGUCAUGGAUUAUGCAACCGAGAUUGGGAGGCCUGAGAAAUAUUACAGCAGGCUUUUCAACCAAGUUGGGAGCUUUUACGGCAAGCUAUACUCAAGGCGGGCAAAUGGGCGAGUUUGAAACACCAGCGGGAACUGAGGGCAGCUUUAUAUUCUCACUUGGCCCGUCAUACUCGAAAUUACAGCUAAAAGGUCCUGAAGGGACCUUAACAAGCUUAAAUUCGUCCAAUGAUGCUAUGAUUGCAUCAUUGCCUGGAGGGAAAUAUUAUGUUCGCUUUACUUAG